AGCCGCAAUGCAGUGGCACUUUUCAUUUUUAUGCAUCGCUGGAUUUUUCAUUAAAUAUGGACUUACCAGAUUAACACCGGACUUCAUCCACCCGUGUAAAGUGGAUGACAGGGCGUGCUUAAUACAAUCAACAAUAGAUGCAAUCCCAUACUUCACCAAGGGAAUUCCUGAGUUAGGAAUACCGACUUUAGAUCCUUUCUACGUCGAGAUAGUGGCGAUUCCGCUUGCAGGACUUAAUAUUUCCUUCUUUAAAAGCAAUAUUUUUGGAUUCAGAAAGGCUGUCAUAGACAAUGUCGAGUCUAAUUUUGCUAAACGCAAAUUGGUGAUAGAGUUACAUAGCAAUGUUACCUCCAAGGGCGGUUACGAGGCCACGGGGAGAAUACUCACCUUCCCCAUUAAUGGAGAAGGAGACGCCAAAAUAACAAUAACUAACCUCAAACUGAAGGUCAUGAUGAAUUUGGAUACGAUGUCAGAUGACAAGGGUGUCAAUCAUUUAUUUAUCAAGAAUUACAAAAAUAACAUCGACUUUGGCGGUAAAGUGCAUUACAACUUGACUAAUCUCUUUAAAAACAAUCCAGAGUUGAGCCGAGCCAUGCUGCAGUUACUGAACGAAAAUUGGAAACUCGUGGCUGAGGAGUUCGGGAAACCAAUAGUGGCGUACGCCACAGAACUGAUUCUGAGGGCCAUCGAUAAGUUCUUCCUCGCUGUGCCUUAUGAAGAGCUGUUUGAAGGACCUUUACCCUUUUAAAUAAAUGCAAAAC